UUCUAAUGAGACUGACAUUCAGCUCUGCACAAUGACUGUAAUCCGGAGUAUGUGUGUGUGAAUGCCAAAGGUUAUGAAAAGAGCAAGAAAAUAGCUGCAGCUCUUUCACGAAACUCGCAACUUUAGCACCCUGAAGUGACAAAAAGGCGCUCUGUCUUAUCAGCUCUAAAUUAGCAGAGAGAAUCAGCAGGUCCUCCUGUCCUCAGAGGACUGAUGGUGAUCACAGCAGCAUGCUGCAACUGGCCAAAUGUCAUGUUGCUCGUUUUGAGGGGACAGGCCUGCAUCUGAGCGGGGGAGGGGAACCUUGGCAGGAAGUUGCUAUAUUUGUUGUUCUAGUAGACACCCUUAUUAAUUAACUUCUGCCACUUUUAGGAUCUGACCAUACGGUUUGUACUGAAUCCAUGAAACACAUUUCAACGGUGCCAAUGUAAAGAUGGUUUAUUAAUUGCUGCAAUAUACUGUUUGGUGUAACAUUAUAUUCAGUUGGUCUAAUGUAAACCAUAACAUUAUAAAGGAUGUACGUAUUUUGGGGUAUUAAAAAAAAAAAUCAAAGACAUUUAAGGCUACCGCUGUUCGCGCAGGGUAAAAUCUUUCCCAAAAGUUAUGUGAGUCAUUUCGCUUCAACAAAGGAAACAUAUAACACCGCAAACUGAACAUUAAUUGACUCUUGGACACAUUAUUGCUCGUGGAGUUGGGUUCUUAAGAAGACUGCAAACACUCGCCUUUGUCCUGAGCCGAAGAUGAGGUGCGUAAAAGGACGCACAGCCAAGCGCAGCGUUCCAACGCAACCCUGACAAUGGGUCAACGAAAUACAUUAAUUAUGUGCUUACGCAGCUCGCUGAGUAAGAAGAAACACGCAACAUAAAGUGAGCCCACCCCGCAGAGUGGCGCCUAUAAAAGAGUGCGUCUACCAAUCCCCGACCAACAGGAGACUCUGGGAUACUCUGGAAGACAGUUCGCCACUCCGCGCUGAGAUGAGAGGGUUUAUACUGAAUAAUGUCUGCCAGUGUGGCUUCUUUACUUUUCUUGUUUUCUUUUCUUUCGUGUCUUUUAACGCCGCAGUCAGCUUCGACCUGACUGAGCUCAGGAAUAAAGUUGCAAAAAUUAAAGUGAAUCCAAGAGGAAAUCUUUGGGCUACAGGACAUUUCAUGGGCAAGAAGAGCGUGAUGGAUGCCCCCCUGCUGCCCUCAGCGGAGGGCGUUAAUGCGCUGGUUGCCCUGCCUGAGGAGCAGGGUGCGAUCGGGGAGCUUUUCCAAGAAUACCUGCGGGAGGCUCUGCAGGCGCAGGUGGACACAGAAGAGAGCCGCUCGAAAAAUCAGGAGGCGGACUUGUUGAUGAGGAUUUUAGAAAGCUACAUCCACAGCAGAAAGUGAUACAGAGGAUGAGAGUUUGGCACGCAUGAACACGGAACUGAGGUCAGCUGGCCUCCUGGGUCAAAAUAAACAAAUUAGAGUGUACAGUCUCCUGCUUCUCAUGAUUGUAAUCAAAUGUUACUGCCAUACUUAGUAUAUAGCUCACGCGUCAUUUGAUUACACAGUGGGCAUAAAGAUUCCUCGUAUUUGUUUGAUGAUGAUAUCCCCCAUGUUCUUGUCCUUUGAGGUUCUUUAUAUUGAAUGACAUCAUUAUUUGCACUGUUCUGACUCUGCCAAAUAAAUUGUGAAAUUGCUCACUGGGAGAUCACAUUUUGAUUUACAGACAUUCUGUCUAAGAGGAACACCUGAUCACGUCAUUAUGGCUGCAUAUCUGGGAUUCUUCUACACGCUUCUGUAAUAUCUGUGUAGUAUUAUGAAGAGUAUCAGAAAAGAUUGAAUUAAAAAGUCCAAAGAUG